AUGGGUCUGCUGAGUUUUCUCUCGAGAAAGCCGUCGGGCGAAGGCCAGUAUCCUCCGGCCAUCCUCAAAGCACAGGCGUACGAUGCGACGGUGCCCGCCUUGCCUCCGAUCCGCGGUACUUACCCGGUAGCUGGCAAUGGACGGAGCAUCUUGGAGCAGUUCCACAAGUCUCAUCCGAAUCUGGCUUCUAUCGACCCUCACGACACUGCAGCUCCUCCGCCUCUGGUUCCUCGCACUCGACGGGAUAGCAUCCGCAGCGACGGUACUGGACAUCCGAGCACCGCAGCGUCAUCUCAGCUGGCCGACAUACGAGGUCGGUCCCAGUCAGCAGCUGGUACACGCGCGCAGCCCAAGGUCGAGCUGCCGCCGCCUCCGAAGAAGAAAUUCGGCCCCUACAGGUUGCCGCCAAAGGUGCCUGAGAACCUGCACUAUGCCUUUGACACAGCAGAAUUCACCGCGCCUUCACCCGCAUUUGCACGCACGCGCGCUUCUUCCCACAGUGGCGACUCGGGAUCGGCCAAGGCAUUCGUCGACUUAUUGGAUGCUCAUUCAUUGAUCAAACCCGGCGACUUUUAUGGUCGCGUUGAGGCGGCCGGCGCCAGGAACUAUGGAGAAGAUGUCGCCGACCGCAAUCUGGGCGAGAAUGGAAGUGAUUUGAAUUUGUCGGGACCGCAAGGGUCCCGUGCCAGACGGACCGUCCCCAGCACCAUCGACGAUGAAUAUGAAGAUGAUCAACCUCGACGAUCAAGGAAGCGACAUUCAAUGGGCUCGGGUUUACGGACGAAAUCCGCCCAUGCCAACGGUGCUCGAGACACAUUUCCUCAGAGAAUGUCUUCAAGAGUACCACAUGAGCCCGCGCAUCCCGAGAGUACGUCGAUGAAUGAGUCGAGAGUGGCUAGUAAAGCCGAGAAGACGGCCCGUCGACGGUCCUUGCCCUCCUACGCUGUGCAUUCGUCAACCACCGAUGCAACGAGGGGCUCGUCAAACCGAAGAAGGAUCAGGGUCAUGGAUCCGAACGAUUUCCCGGAAGCACUUAGGGACCGAGCUCGGGCUGCAGCUGCGCAGGAAGAUCACACGAACAGUCCGCCUGCGAAGCCAAACUCGAAAACCACCGAGUCGCCAAGAAUAACCAGGGACCAUGUGCUGCAUGCGAAAGGCAAGGCCACCGAGGACCACGCACAACACACUAGGAAGGAUUACGAGUACCGGUCGCACCAUAAAAGGAAUAGUUCUGAGCAAACCAUACCAGAGCGCGACUUGCUGAUCCGCACCAGGCCUACCCAGCAUUCGUCCAGGCGCAAGACAAUAGGAUAUGACAUGCCGCUGUCUGUACCGAAGUCACCUUCGAAGAGGCAUACCUUGCAGGCUCCCGGCGUCGCCUCCCACCGAGGAGUUAAGGAAGAAGUCACCCAACAACGUUCAACACCCCAGAGCCCCCGCAAAGCCAGAGACCGAAACAUGUCGUCACGCCACCUGGGAAGUAUAACCGACCUCCCGAAUACGCUCCACGCCUUGCCAACACCGCAACCCGCCCAAGCAUCACAAGUGAAGCCUUCUUCCGGACGACCAGUGAGCCAGGACGGGCCAAACUACCACAUUCGAAACCGAAGCAUUGUCUCUCUAUCCAAUAAAAGUAUCAUGCCCUUCGGGAUCAAGGAUUCGAUUCCGGAACGCACCAGCAGCAUUCGUCAUUGGUCCCUAACCUCGGAGACAGGAGGCUCUCAAAGUUCAAACCCGUUCAAGCCAGAAUCUGGACACACCACCAAUACCUCUCUUGACCAUGCUCCGAUCUUGUCGCUUUCCAAAACCAUGAACCUCGUCCCUGCCCUUGAGAGCCGAACGGAACCCCGCGCACGGUCGUCUGUGAAGGGUAUUGGCCUGUCAUCGCCAAUUCGAUCUGCGGCCAAAUCUCAUCGGCACAAGACUUCGAAAGAUUUCAACAUUGACGACUACAUUUCUUCAGACGACUCGUACCAUUUGCCGUCGCGGCCACGAGGCGAGGAUGAGAGAGACCUGCUCUUCGCUGACGCGGGCUUUGGCUUCACCGGGUCACAACUUCCUGGACUACCCGGGAUGUUUGAUAUUGCCUCACCCAAAUCUGUAUCAUCUCGGUCUGAUCGGCCAAAAAGUUUGAAGGCGUCCCGGACUCCCUACCACUUGGUUGCUUUUAGUUUCAGCAACGUGAACGAGCUGUCUACAGGAAAGGGCCCUCAACACACAAACUCUCAAAACAGAGUAUCGCACUUUCAGAUGCCGGCUUUCAGCUACACAGACUCAGAAGACGAGGAUGGCGAUGGAAUCGUGAAUUCGUCCGACGAGGAGUUGAGUUUUGAUAUUCCUUUCAGCCGGACUGGUGCCCCUCGGCGGGACAACCCGCGAGGCGCAAUGCCGUGGCACGAAAACGACACGACGCGUAUUGUCGAGGAAGAGGACGCUGACUUGGACGACUUCUCGGCUAUCAUCCGACGACGCAAGGAGGAGAAGGCGAAGCGCCGAGCGAGCCAUACCUCCCUACGUCGGGUAAAGGGUAAGGGGAGGGCGCCCGACAUGCCCCGACUGGGGCUGGACGACCUUUCUGGGUACGCCGACGCGGAGUGA